UGCUAAACUUUCUCUCUCUAAUUCUUCAGAGUGUGUAUCGUUUUCUUUGGAAGGAAGUUCUUUUCUCGUGAAGUUGCAUGUGAAGCUCGGUGAGAGAGAUCCGGUCUGUUUUAUUUGUGAUCGAAACGGGUCAUUUCGCUUUUUCUGAUUUCAGAAUGAGAAAAAUCGGUGUUACUUGUAACAUUCUGCACAGGAAAUGGGGUGUCAUAGUGUGAAAAAAAAAGCUUGGUUUUCUGUUGAUGGGGUAUCUUUGAUUGCUGAAGAAAAAAAAAAGAAGAAAAUAUUAGUGGGGAUGUAAUUUCUUGGAGCUGAGGGAAUCUCUUGUUUUGUAAAGGCCAUAAAUUGGAAGAUUUGGGAGGGCCUUUGCAAUAAAAGAUGCGAUACACUUUGAUCUUUUUCCAUAUUUCACAAGAGAUUCAGAUAUUGGACACAUAAAAAAACGUUUCUGAUCAUGACCAAGGCUGUUCGAGAUAGAAUUCUAAAGGAAGCCAAUGGUGAUAUCAGUGAUCAUCUACGCAACCAUAUCCAUUUGACAAAUUGCAUUCACUUGAAGAACCACAUGCAUAAGCAGAGCCCCAUAUUGACGGACAGAUCGCUUAUGAGGGACCUCAUUGUCCUUCAGAGAUCACGGUCUCUCCGGGACCCUUCUGCAAGUCCUCCAUCGUGGCAUUCGCCUUCGAUUCUCGAUCUGCUCCCUAAGAAAGGCGAAAAUGAUCCCUUUGUUAGGGAGGGAAGGAGGUCGGUAGGCGUUGAACGUCGAAGGGAAGGUAGGAGGCUGUCGGGGAAUUCUCCGCCUUUAGUGAGUAUGAUGAAAUCAAAAGUUGCUCCCGGUGAGAUUGCUGAGGGCAAUGAUGGGAUGGUGGCGAUAAGUAGUAGCAAGAAUGGAGCUAGGGAUGGUAGAAGAGCUAAGAGAGAAGAGUCUAGUCGGAAGAGUAAUAGGGUUGAUGUUUCCGUUAACAAUGAGGAGCGUCCAGUAGAUCACGAUCACCGCAGGGAUGUGUCUAAUGAUGCUGUUUCUGGGAGCUCUCUGUCUAAAAGUAGGAAGGGUAAACAAAAGGGGAAGCAGCAUUUUCAAGAUGUUCCAAUGAAGGAUGUGUCUAAUGAUGCUGUUUCUGGGAGCUCUCUGUCUAAAAGUAGGAAGGGUAAACAAAAGGGGAAGCAGCAUAUUCAAGAUGUUCCAAUGAAGACCCUUUCGGAACAGUUGAAUGAUGUUCGGAUGGAUAGUGACGGUGUGGCUUCUUCAAACAUCCAUAGGCAUGGAAGACAAGCUCGGCAGGAGAAAACUGCUGAUGAACCAGAAGACGGUAUCCAGGGUUACUGUAGUGGAUUGAAUAGGGCAAAAAGACGGAAGUUUCGAGGUACAAGAAGACGUCGUGCUGCUGCUGUGGGCUCUAGAGAUAUAAAUGUUCAGAAUGAAUUGUCUGUAGCCUCUAAUACUCUCGGUCAAGGUUCAGGGCACCCCAAGUACCACAUGGAAGGAGAGGAAGAGUAUGAUGAGCAAAACGUCACAAGGGCUCCUGGAAAUGGAUGUGGUAUUCCGUGGAAUUGGUCAAGAAUUCAUCACAGAGGCAAAACAUUUCUUGACAUGGCUGGAAGGAGUUUUUCCUGUGGUUUGUCCGAUUCAAGAUUAAAGAAAGGGGGUCCUUCUGGCCAUGGGAGAGAUAUUGCUGAGAUGCCCGUGGCAUCGGCGAACUCAAGCUCGUCUUCUAAGUCAAAUGCUGAGGCAUUGCCUCUAUUAGUUGAUGCAUCUGGAUCACAGGAAAGCACUGAAAAUGGUGGGUGGGUGCGUCGCUAUUCUGGUGAACUUGGUAUUUAUGCUGAUAAUUUAUUUAAGCAUGAUGUUGAUUCUGACCUUGCUUCUGAAGCUAGAUCAGGUGAGCAACGUAAGUUGAGAGGGCGGUCUCGAAGUAGGCAUCAAAACCUGACACAAAAGUACAUGCCAAGAACCUUCAGAGAUCUGGUGGGGCAGAAUUUGGUGGCUCAAGCUCUCUCAAAUGCUGUCAUAAGAAAGAAAGUAGGAUUUCUUUAUGUCUUUUAUGGUCCGCAUGGCACCGGGAAAACUUCAUGUGCUCGAAUAUUUGCUAGAGCUUUAAAUUGCCAGUCUCUGGAACACCCUAAACCUUGCGGGUUUUGCAAUUCUUGCAUAGCCCAUGAUAUGGGAAAGAGCAGAAAUAUAAGGGAAGUUGGCCCUGUAAGUAAUUUCGACUUUGAGAGAAUUAUGGACCUACUUGACAAUAUGAUUAUUUCCCAGCUUCCAUCACAUUACAGAGUAUUCAUAUUUGAUGACUGCGAUACGUUAUCCCCUGAAUGUUGGAGCGCCAUAUCAAAGGUUAUUGAUCGAGCACCUAGACGAGUGGUUUUUGUCCUCGUCUGUUCGAGCCUUGAAGUUGGGCUCAUCUCCGAUGAAAAAUUGGUAGAUCUUCUUGAUUUAGCAUUAUCUGCAGAUACCGUCAACACUGUGAAGAAUUUGAGGGUCAUAAUGGAAACCGGUGUUGAGCCAUUAGGCUUGAUGUCACAACUUGCUACAAUCAUUACGGAUCUACUUGCUGGUAGUUAUGAUUAUACAAGAGAAAGGCCUAGAAGAAAGUUCUUUCGGCACCAUCCAUUGUCCAAAGAAGAUAUGGAGAAACUGCGACAAGCUCUUAAAACUUUAUCCGAAGCUGAGAAACAGUUGAGGACCUCUAAUGAUAAGCUAACAUGGCUAACAGCUGCAUUGCUCCAACUCGCACCUGAUCAACAGUAUAUGCUGCCUAGUUCUUCUGCUGACACUAGUUUUAACCAAAGUCCCUUGGCCUUAAAUAAUGCGGGUGGGAGAAAUGCAGUCAGGAAAGCCGGUGAGCAAGAUCAUACGACAAAUAGCGAGAGAGGUUUAUCAGCAAACACUAGACAAGCAGGAACAUCGGAUUUAUAUAACAAUGCUCUCAUGAAGGAUAAUAGCUUAGAUAGAAAAAGACAUACUGGUGCUUCUAUGGCUCCCCAACAGACAUCUGCUCGCUCUGCUGAUACGGUUAGAGUAAAUGGGAAUCAGGUUUCUGGGAAAAGCCGUAAAGGGAUCGAAGAAAUUUGGUUGGAGGUGCUUGACAAAAUCCAAUAUAUUGGUAUUAAAGAAUUCUUGUAUCAAGAAGGAAAGUUGAUCUCCGUCAGCUUUGGUGCUGCUCCAACUGUGCAGCUAAUGUUUAGUUCACAUCUGACUAAAUCUACUGCCGAAAAAUUUAGAGGCCACAUAUUACAGGCAUUUCAGUCAGUUCUAGGGUCCCCAGUGACAAUUGAAAUUAGAUGUGAAUCAAAAAAAGACUCCAAAGCAGCGGUGCAUGUGCCUCUUAUGUUACCAGCUUCAAAGGACGGUUCAGCUCAGAUUAGAAAUGCAAAUGGAAUCAGCAGUGAAGCUCAGCUCUUGCCUUCCAACAGUUGUGAAAGGGGUAAGAGUGAAAUUGUGGAAAUAGAAGCUUCUCCGAGGCAAAUGAAGGGUGGUGAGCGCAUUGAUAACCAGGAAGAAUCUGGUAAAAGAGGUUCAAAAGCUACAUUGGGAGUUGAGGCAGCACCUUCCAAUAAAAAAUCAGCUACUGCUUCACUAGCAGAAAAACAGAAACUUGGUGAACAAAAUCAGUGUCAGAGCAUUGUCAGGAGCAAAGUCUCCCUUGCCCAUGUAAUUCAACAGUCCGAAGGGUGUUCGCAGCAUAUAGGAUGGUCAAGACGCAAAGCAGUUUCUAUUGCUGAAAAGCUUGAACAGGAGAAUUUGAGACUGGAACCUCGAUCAAGAAGUUUGCUUUGCUGGAAAGCGUCUAGAGUAACUCGCAGAAAGCUUUCACGUUUGAAAAUUAGAGCAAGAAAACCGCGUUCGCUUUUGAAGCUCGUCUCCUGCGGGAGAUGUCUCUCUACCAAAUCCCCAAGGUAACACAAGGAAAAAUAACUUUUUCGGCUAGCUUUGAAGGGUUUGUACAACCUAAUUUGUAUUACUUGUAUUUAGUCAUUUUCCUUAAGUUUACUAGGUCAAAUUUAUCUGCCAAAUCCAAUUUUAUUGAAUAAAAGUAAGAAGAUG